AUGGCUCCUCCUAGGAAAAUUGUAAGAAGACAGUUAGAAAUCAUGAUAGAUUUUUUAGAGGAAAAUAAAGAAAUGUCCAAAGGUAUUCCUCCUAGCUCUCCGAUAUCACAUCAAACUAUUAAAGAAAACUGGAUUAAGUUAGCUAAGACUCUGAAUAGUAUUGAAGGAGGUGCCAAGAAAGCUCCUGACGGAUGGAAAAAGUAUUGGUUUGAAUGGAGGCAUAGGUGCAGAAAAAAAGCAGCAAAUGCUAGAAGAUUUCAAACAAAAAAUACAAGUGGUUCCCAUAGAUUUGUACCACUGAAUGAUCUAGAAGUGCGUGUACUUGAUCUCAAUGGAAAAGGCAGUGUCAGUGCAACAAUAUCUUCAUCAAAUAAAUUGGAGAAUUUCCUGGCAGAUGAUUCUGAAUCAGAGCAUGCAAUGGACAGUUCCGAACCAAUCUUUCAAGAUAUAUCCCAAUCGAUAAAAAGAAAAUCAAUUACAGAUACUUUAUCAAGAUCUGGCACUCCACCACCAAAAUGGGCGUUAGAAUUGGAAGACAGGAGAAUUGCAGCGGAGGAACGAAUGGCAAAUGCAUUAGAAUCAAUAGCAAAUUCAAUGAGAUUACAGGAGGAGAGACAGAGUAUUAUAGAAGAUAGGAUAGCAGAUGCUUUGACGGCCAUCGCUGGGACAUUACAGGAUCUGAACGGUUCACAGAAGAAUGUUUUACAGCAUUCAAUGAAGCAUUCACAGUCCGAUCAUAAUGAGACAUCAUCAAUGAAAGAUGUGAUAUUUCUGUAA